CAUCAUGGAGUUCACUUAUAUGUGUUGAUGCUGUCAGUUUCGUGCCGGUUCAAUGUAUAGUAUUACAUUUCAAAUUAUAAUGAACAUAUUAUAUUUGCUGUGUGGGAUAUCAUUGAUAAUAUUAAUAAUACGUAGAUUAUGGAUUAAUUAUUGCAAAGAAAUUAAAAAUGUAUGCAUCGUUGUUUUUGGAGAUUUGGGAAGAAGUCCACGAAUGCAGUACCAUGCGUUAUCCUUUGCAAAGGAAGGUUUCAACGUGGAUUUUAUAGGUUAUCCUGGUACAUCUCCAUUAAACGAAAUCAAAGAUAAUCCACGUAUAACUAUACAUUAUCUUUCGCAUCCUCCAUCAUUGGAAAAUACUUUACCUAUCAUUUUGCAUUAUAUCGUAAAAAUACUUUGGCAAAGCUUUACGCUUACAUUUGUAUUAUUUUCUAAAAAUAUAUCAAAUUACAUUUUAAUACAAAAUCCACCAGCCAUACCUACAAUUCCAAUAUGUUGGUUUUUUUGUAUCUUAAGCGAAGCCAAGUUUAUCAUUGACUGGCAUAAUUAUGCACAUUCCUUAAUGGCAUUAAACUUAGGGAAGGAUCAUGUUAUUGUAAAAAUAGCAAAGUUUAUCGAGAUGUAUUUUGGAAUCAGAGCACAUUAUAAUUUUUGCGUUACCAAAGCUAUGAAAGAGUAUUUACAGCAGCAAUGGGGAAUUGAAGCACAUGUUUUGUAUGAUCGUCCAGCAAGCUAUUUUAAACCAAUCUCACUAACAGAUAAACAUGAGUUUUUGUUACAAUUAAGUAAAAAGUAUGAAGUCUUUCGUGGAAAUAAAGAAAAUUCUACAAUUUUUACUGAAAGUUCAGGAGAAGAAGUAAAUUUAUUAUCUGUAAGACCAGGCUUUAUUAUAUCCAGCACAAGUUGGACAGAAGAUGAGGAUUUUACAAUACUUAUAAAUGCUUUGCAAGAAUAUGAAAGUGAUUGUGAUGAUGAAAAUGCAGAUCUACCAGACUUAUUAUGUGUAAUAACGGGUAAAGGACCGUUAAAAGAAUUUUAUACUGCCAUUAUAAAGUUGAAGAAAUGGAAACAUGUUACAAUUGUCAUGCCAUGGUUGGAGAAUGAAGAAUAUCCCAAAAUGUUGGCUAGCGCAGAUUUAGGUAUAUGCCUUCAUGUAUCUUCUAGUGGAUCAGAUUUACCAAUGAAAGUGGUUGAUAUGUUUGGAUGUGGCCUUCCUGUUUGCGCAUAUAAUUUUACAUGUUUAUCAGAACUAGUAAAACACGACGAAAAUAGUUAUGUUUUCUCGAAUGAGAAAGAAUUAGCUGCACAGUUGAAAUCAUGGUUUCUACGGUUUCCCAUUAAUGAAUCGCAAAAAAAGAUUCAUAAAAAAUUUCAAAAUGAAUUGUGUAAAUUUCAAGAAAUUCGUUGGCACGAUAUUAAUGGAAAAGUUGUUCUUAAUAAUCGACCAAUCAUCGGUAUUUUAUCGCAAGAAAUUAGUCCUCAUUUGAAUCGUACUACUGGUGGGCAAUUCAGUAGUUAUAUAGCUUCGUCUUAUGUUAAGUUUGUUGAAGGUGCCGGUGCAAGAGUGGUACCAAUUUGGAUAGGAAAAAGUAAAACAUAUUAUGAAAAUAUACUUCGAAAAUUAAAUGGAGUUCUAUGGCCAGGUGGAGCUACAUUUUUUAACAAUAGUAAAGGAUAUGCUGAGGCGGGCUAUAAGAUUUAUCGAAUCGCUGAAAAAAUAAACGAAAAAGAACAUUUUCCAAUUUUAGGAAUAUGUUUAGGAUUCGAAUUAUUAACAUACGUAGCAGCUAACAAAGAAGAACAUAGAAUCACUUGUUCUAGCCAAUCACAAGCUCUACAUUUGAAUUUCAAUAAAGAUUAUAGAAAAUCAAGAUUGUUUAAAAACGCAUCAUCAGAUAUUAUAGAUAUUUUGAAAAACCAGGAUGUCACUAUUAAUUUUCACAAGUAUUGUACAACAAAAAAGGGACUAGCAAGAGUUAAAUUGAAUAAUACUUUCCGGAUAAUCUCCCAAAACGUAGACAGAAAAGGCAUAGAAUUUAUAUCUAGCUUGGAACAUUUUAAUAAGCCUUUUUAUGGAUUACAAUUUCAUCCGGAAAAAAAUAUUUACGAGUGGAUAAGUGGCAAAAAUAUACCACAUACUUCUGACGCCAUUGAAGUCAGUCAAUAUUUUGCUAAUUUCUUCGUAAAUGAAGCUCGAAAAAAUAAUCACGCAUUUACGAAUUCUACGGAAGAAGCCAAGAGUUUAAUUUAUAAUUAUCAAACACACUAUACAGGAAUAAGAGGAUCGUCUUUCGAACAAAUUUAUUUAUUUUAAUCUAUAUUCUAGAACAGUAUAAUUCUAAUAAUAAUAAUAAUUGGAAAUAAUCUUCUUAGAUUCAAUAUGUGAAUUUUCAUGUUGAAUGUUAUUUACAUUGCUAUUGAAUAUAUAU